AUGUUUAUAUAAACGUAACUGGGAGAAGCGACGCUCCAGUCCGAAAAGUACACGCAGCAAUGGUUUGGAAAGUUGCUGUCCUUCUUCUUGGGGUUUGCGCCGUUGGCCUCGGCCACGUCAUCCCCGGGGGAUUUAGCGAUGCGGACUCCAACAGCGAAGACGUGCAGAAUGCCCUCAAAUUCGCCAUUGGGCAACAUAACAACGCCUCGGCCGACCUCUUCCUCAGUCAAUUGGUAGAUGUGGUCAGUGCUAAAAGUCAGAUUGUUUCUGGCAUCCGUUACGUCAUUAAUGUGAAAAUGGCGAAGACUUCGUGUAGGAAGGACAGUUCGGAUGAGCAGUGCGGAGUUGCAGUCUUGGGUCAGCCUUACCAGUGCACUUUCACAGUGUGGAGCCGUCCAUGGCUGAUGGAAUUCAGCCUGCUGGAAGAGAAGUGUUCAAAUUAGCAAUGGGGAAAGCAUCAGUACAUUAUUAUCAUUCCUUAAAAUUGAAUCACGUCUUCAUUCUUAGGCCUAGGUGAACUGUAUACUGAGCAAGAAAUGACUACUGUCGCAGUAAUUUUCAGAUUUCUGAAUAGAUUCAUUCAUUCAGAUUUUAUGUUUGGUUUUAUUUUUUUUUUUUUCAUCUUCUUAGUGAAACAAGCUAACCACAAGUAGAUAUGAACUCUGAUUACUAGUCUUUUAUGGUUUUCAACAUGAAAUUAAAGUAACUCACUAUUAA